CAGCCGUGUUCCCGGCGUGCCGGGAUGACGGAGGCGGAAGCGGGCUGGGGAGGAUGUAGCGGCGCUGACAGCGGCUGUGGCGCCGCGACCUGCCCGCCCCUGCCGCCGGCCGGCCCCGCCAUGGAGGUUCAAGAUGCUGGGCAGGAUAUGGUGGUGUCUUCUGGCACACCAGGAUCAGGCAAAUCAAAGCUGGACACAUUGCCCAAAGAAGACCUCAUUAAGUUUGCAAAAAAGCAAAUGAUGCUUAUACAGAAAGUGAAGUCAAGAUGUACAGAACUGGAGAAAGAGAUUGAAGAACUCAGAUCUAAAGCAGCUACUGCAGGAGCUGAUGAUAUUAUUCAGGCUCUCACAGAAAGACUGGACGUUGUACUUCUGGAAAAAGCUGAAAGUCAGCAGCAAUGCAUAGCUCUGAGAAAAGAAAAUACUCAAAUAAAGCAAGAAGGGGAGGCUGCAGUGGCAAAGACAGAAGAAUUGCAGAAGCUACUGGAACAAUCAAGUAUUGACUCUCUGGAAGAAAUAAAAGCUUUGAAGUGUGAAUUAGCAAAUGCACAAUGCAAGCACAAUGAGGAUUUAAAAAAGCUGAAAAUGGAAUUAGAUGAACAAGUGAGAAAACAAAUGGAGUUGAUGGAACAGGUUGAACAUCAUAGUGACAGUCAAAAAGAAGUUACAAGAUUACAAGAUGACAUCCAGAGAAUUAAAUCUACUUACGAGGAGCAAAUUUUGUGUCUGAGCAAGCAGUUGGAAACUGUGAGUGAAGACAAAACCAAAGAAGUAACAAAUCUGCAAGAAACUAUUAAAAACAACUCUCAGUGUUACCAUAAUGAAAUCAAAAAUCUGAAUGAAGAGCUUGAAAAAUUAAAAAUUGCCCAUCAGGAAGAGGUGUCAGAAUUGAUGCAUCGGAUUGAAAUAUCAUCUAAAGAAAAUGAAGAAAAGCAAAAUCAAAUAAAUGAGUUGCAGCACAAUUUGGCAGAGAAAAAUGCAAAGAAUGAAAUGCAUGCUCAUACUGACCAGCAUGAAUACGACUUGGAGCAGCUGAGAGAAGUCUUAAAUAAAAAUGUAGAAAACAGGAUAGAUGUUGCAGAUACACCAGAAGAACCUUGUGUAGAAGCAAAAAUGGAAGCAAAGGUUAGGUAUCUGGAGCAUAGUUUGGAAGAACUCCAGUCCCAACAUAGUAUAUUAAAAGAUGAGUUAACUUACAUGAGCAAUGUCAAACUAAAGCUGGAAGAGGAAAUCCAUCGCAUAAAGGAGGAGUACUUUCAUGAGCGGGAAGAUCUGGAUUUUAAGAUAAAUGAAUUGCAGCUUACUAAAGAAGAUUACUGCAGUGCAAUUGAAAAACUAAAAUUGGAGCUUCAAGAAUCAAGACAGCACUAUGAAUCUGCUGUAAAAGAGCAUAAAUUAGAGAUUCAAACUCUGAAAGAGCAACACAAGACAGAAAUUUCUGAAUUGAAUGAAACUUUAUUAUCUGGUUUUGAAAAAGAAAAUAAGGUAUUAGUUUUUGAAACACAGGAGCUUAGAGAACAACUUGAAAAGCUAACUCAGGAGAAAGAAGAAGCAGUGUCCAAUUACAACAGCCUGAGAGAAACAAUGGAAACUCUCCAGGCUGAGCUAGGCGAAUCUGCUGGAAAGAUCAGCCAGGAGUUUGAAUCAAUGAAACAACAGCAAGCUUCUGAUGUCAGUCAACUGCAGCAGAAACUCCGAGCUGCUUUCAAUGAGAGGGAUGCUCUUCGUGAAACUGUAAAUCGCCUCCAGGAAGAAAUAGAAAAAUUGCCAUCCAAUCAGCUAGAGGUAGAAGAACUUAAAUGCAAAAUUGUUAGUCUUCAGGAGGACAAUAAUGCAAUAACAAACUCCAUCAACCAAAAAGAGAUUACUGUAAAAGAACUGGAAGAGAAGAUUGUUGCUCUGACUGAUCAAAACAAGGAUAUUUUAAAUGAUGUAAAAUGCUUGGGUGAAGAGAGAGAAACACUUCAGGAAAGGUGCAAGCAAGAACAAGUUAAAAUUCAGGAACUUCAGCAGGAAGUAGAUGCUGCUAACCAGCACAAUAAUGACCUGACAAAAAAGGUAGAGGAAUUAACAGAGAGAUUGAAUGAAGCUUUGACUACAAAGACUGAAAAUGCUCAAAUGCUAGAGCAACUGGAAAAACAGAUUGAAUCUCUGGUACAUGAUAGAGAGCGGCUUUCAUCUGAAGUGUAUAAUCUUCGUGAGGAAAAUAAGAAAAUAAUUCAGGAUAAAGGUGAAUUAAGUGAAGAGCUGGGAAAGAUUACAUGUGAAAAAGAUGGUUGGUUAGUGUUGAAAGAGCAGUCUGAAAACUUAGAAAAGAAACUACAAAUGAUGACUGCAGAAAAAGACCAUAUAUCAACAUUACUUGAAAAUGAACAAAGGCAUACAUCCCUUGUAAGAACUCAACUGUACCACCUACUUGAGCAAGUGGGGUCCAGCAUUUCAAAUUCUAAUGAAGAAUAUGAUUCUCUUAACUUGUUAAAAAUUGCAAAUGAAUGCUUGUCAAAAAUCAAAGAAGAGCAGUGCCUUGCACUGCAAAAUGAGGAGGAAGUAAUUCGUUUGCAGCAGGAAGUUGAGAGACUAGAGGAAGAAAAUGCUGCUCAAUAUAGAGAACACAGAUCCCUGAUUCAGGAUUUUGAAAAAGAAAAGGCGCUCUUGAGAGAAGAACUGGAAGGAGUGUUGUCUGAAAAAGAAGCUCUUCAGCAUGAUAUUCAUGAGCUGAAGAAUGCCAGUGAGAAAACAAGGAUUGAAAAUCAAGAUCUUCUAGCUAAUAUUGAAGAGGUCACUCAAAAACUUGCUUUUUAUGAAAGUCCUAUACAAGAACAGGAAAAAGGAUCAGAGAAACAAGACGACUUAAGUUUCAUUCUGGAACAAAAGGAAACUGAACUUAGAAAUGUGAAAGAUGAACUGAGUUCUCUAAAGAAUUUAAUGGAGACAAUGACUGAGAAAACUGAUCAACAGUCUUCAGUAGCAGAGCUUCAAGAAAAAAUUGGGAGGCUGGAAAAAGAAUCUGCAGAAAAAGGAGAGAAGCUAAACAAAAUUAAGGUUGUUGCUGUGAAAGCAAAGAAAGAAUUAGAUACCAGCCGAAAAGAGAUGCAAGCUCUGAAAGAAGAAUUGGAGUUGGUUCGAUCAGAAAAAGAUCAGUUGUCUGCUUCAAUGAAAGAAGUAAUUCAAGGAGCUGAAAGCUAUAAGAAUCUUUUGAUGGAAUAUGAUAAACAAGGAGAACAGCUGGAUUCUGAAAAAGGCAGAGCAAGUAAUCUUGAACGUCAGAUAGAUGACCUCACAAGACAGCUGCAGGUGUCAUCCCAGCAGCAUGAUCAAUUACGCUCUGCUAAUGAAGACCUCCUGGCUCGUGUUGAAACACUGCAAAAUAAUGCUAAGCUGCUGGAAACUCAGAUAUUGGAGAUGCAAAAAGCCAAGGCAAAGGCUGACAAAGAACUAGAAGCUGAAAGGCUUUUAAAAGAACAGAAAACAAAGGAACAUAGUGGUGCUCUCCGAGAAAUGGAGGAGCUUCAGAUGCAACUUCAGAAGGAAAAGAAACUUCUGCAGAAAACUAUGCUAGAACUAGAGCUGGCCAGAAAGGAUGCUCAGAAGAGUACACUGAUGGAUAUGGAAAUAGCUGAUUAUGAAAGGCUGGUAAAAGAACUUAAUCAGAAGAUUACUGAUAAAGACAGCAGAAUAGAAGAUCUUGAGCAAGAAACAAGUAUUCAGAAACAGAAGCAAGAGACUCUACAGGAAGAAAUAAAAUUCCUUCAGUCAACUAUGCAACAGGAUGAGGAAAGAAAUGCCAAGAUAAAACAACUCCUGGUAAAAACCAAAAAAGAACUGGCCGAUUCAAAACAAGCUGAAAAUGAUCAUCUAAUGUUGCAGGAAUCAUUGAAAGGGGAACUGGAAGCCAGUCAGCAGCAAGUGGAAGCCUAUAAGAUUCAAGUGGCUGUUCUGACAUCAGAAAAGCACAAAGUUCAGGAACAGCUGCAAACGUCUUCGGAGCAACACCAGCGUACGAUGAGUGCUUGCCAGCAAAAAAUUGCAACCCUGCAAGAAGAGUGCAGAGCAGCCCAGGCUGAACAAGCAUCCGUUACGUCGGAAUUUGAGAGCUACAAAGUCCGUGUUCAUAAUGUUCUAAAACAGCAAAAGAAUAAAUCUGCUUCUCGGACCGAGUCUGAAGGAGCCAAACAGGAGAGAGAACAGUUGGAAAUGGUGAUAGAUCAACUUAAAGUUAAGCUGCAAGAUGCUCAGCACAACUCACAGUUGAAUGCAUCUGAACUCCAGGCACUGCAGUCUGAACACGACACCCUGCUGGAAAGACACAAUAAGAUGCUGCAAGAGACUGUUGCAAAAGAAGCAGAACUCCGUGAAAAACUCUGCACAAUACAGUCUGAGAACAUGGUCAUGAAAACAGAGCACGCACAGAUGUUGAGUCAGCUGACAGCCCAGAAUGAAGCUCUCCGGAACAAUUUCAGAGAUCAAGUCAGGAACCUGCAAGAGGAGCACAGGAAAACAGUAGAGACACUUCAGCAGCAACUCUCCAGAGUAGAAGCUCAGCUCUUCCAACUCAAGAGUGAACCAAGUACUAGAGGUCCAGCUGUUUCAAAUCCAGGAACGAAGAACUUGAGAGAACGGAGAAACACUGACCUUCCUGUCCUUGAUGUGCACACUGUAGCUAGGGAAGAGGGAGAAGGUAUGGAAACAACAGACACAGAGUCUGUCUCUUCAGCCAGCACCUAUGUACAAUCCUUGGAACAACUUCUGAACUCAUCAGAAGCAAAACCUGAACCAUCUCAGUGGCAAGCAGAACUCACCAAGGAUGAACUGAUUCAGAAACUAAACACAACAGCAAAGAGUGCUGAUCACUUGAAUGAAUUACUUCGUGAAUCAGAAGCAACCAAUGCAAUCUUAAUGGAACAAAUAAAGCUUCUUAAGAAUGAAAUAAGAAGACUGGAAAGAAAUCAAGAGAGAGAAAAGUCUGUGGCUAAUUUAGAAUACUUGAAGAAUGUUCUAUUGCAGUUCAUAUUUCUAAAAUCAGGAAGUGAGAAAGAGCGGCUGCUCCCAGUAAUAGACACCAUGUUGCAGCUCAGCCCUGAAGAGAAGGGGAAGCUGGUUGCAAUUGCCCAAGGUGAGGAAGAGAGUACCUCACGGCCCUCUGGGUGGGCUUCGUACCUCCACAGCUGGUCAGGACUUCGAUAAAACAGUGGAAACACUGGAUCUUUAAACACAUUCCACAACUGCAAAAAAAGAGAAAUCUUACUGUAGAAAAUCUGUUGGUGUUGUAGUGUUGAACUACAGGUUUUUAUUUUUGUGUGUUACUUUCAGUUUUCUAGGCUCUUCUUAGAAGCCCACAGUAGCCCUGAAAGAUGGUUCUACAUUAUGGUCUGGCAACAGUGAACCAUUUUUCUUGUAAAUGUUAAAGCUGAUUAUAAGAACUAUGAGAAAUGACAAAUUAAUUGCAAAUUGCCUGGAAACAGAAUUUGACAAACCUGUAAUGGCUCUUUUGAUAUCAAUUUAAAAACUUGAUCUAAUAUAUAAACUGGAAUAACUAGACUUUAGAUUUAAAGUAUUUUAAAGGGUUUACAGUUGCUUUCACGUAUUGUUGUCAGCUAGCUAAUCUAUAUGGUUAGUGUUAUACUCUGCAUGUUUCAGAAAUUUAAAAUUAUUUCCUCACUGGUGAUGGUUACAAAAUGUAAGAUAAUUAAGAAACAGAAAGGGCAUUUUCUGAACUAAAGUUUUAGUCUUGGUUAAUUUUUUUUUUUUUUUUUCAAAAGCUAGAUUGAAAUAUCAAGGCGAUGGUUCACAAAAUGUAGCAAGUGCAUGUAUCUCUAUGAAAUACAAUGCUUGGCUCACCUGAUAUGGUAUUGCAGUAGAGAUUAAUGACAUUUAUGGAGGUCUUAGGGUAUGCUCCAAGACUCAGAGAUCCUAAGUCAGCUGAAGCUUUUGGAAAAAGGGCUUAAGCUAUGGCUUUUUAACCUGAAUUUGGAAGUUUGUGGAAAAGAUCAGGAAGAAAUGGUCCAUUUCUAUAGCGAUGUCUUUACUUAGAUGAAAAGACUACCUAUACUGACUUAGUCAUAUUGAAGACACUAAAGAAAGAAUCUGAAUUCAUAGGUCAGAUUUCUAGCAUUAACUUCUAAGAGAACAGGAUGGAGCUUUUAUCAAUAGAUGCCUUUUUUGAAUGGUCUGAUUACUCAACAGAAUGUUAUGUUUUUUUCUGAGAAAAAUAAAUCUUUACCAUCUCUACUUCUCUUAUCAACACAGCACCUUUUUUUACUUUCAAUUCUCUUUUCCCCUUUACAGUCCAUACUACCUUUCACCAUCUUAAUUUAUUUAUAAGUUAUUAAAAUGCAUACACAUGUUUAAAUCCUGUUUGCAUCUCAACCAGAGUCUUUCCAUACUUUUCACUUAUAUUUUCAUGCUUUCUGUGCUGUUUUACAGAGAAUCAUUUCCUGGUACACAUACCAAUACUAAAUAGCAUUCUUCCUUUCCUACCUUAGUUGAGACUCUGAGGAAAUGAUGCUUGUUCCUUUAAUAUUGCCUUAUUUGGGGCUGAGAUUAAUCUGGACAUAUGAACAGCAGAAAGUCAACACGUUGAGAAUAAACUGUUCAGUAGUGUACUUUUGGUUUAAUUUUUUGCUUCUUGUAUAUAUUUCAGUACGCAAUCAACAAAGCUAAUGGACUUUACUUAGGUAUUUUAAUUCCUUUCCAUCUUAGGCACUUUUUUUUUUUUUUCUAAUUCCCCUCCAGUAUGUGUUUUAACUGGAAUCCUUAUGGUUUGUGCUACCAGGGAAAACAUCCUCUGUGAACCUUGAGAUCACAGAACUGAUAAGUGGCAGUGUGAGGGAUGAGCCUUUUAGAUGUCUCUAAGUAUCAAACAUGAGGUUACACUUAGGCUUUCUUUUAUUAGCCUUUGGAAGGAUUUACCAUAUCUUUAGCAUUCACAAUUUGCACCAAAUCUCAGAUGUUGAGUUCUAAGUCUAUUCACAGCUGGGUUUGAUUAAUGUCACUCAAAAGAAUGCCAAAACACAGUGAGGGGAGAGAUUUGAAAUAUGUAUAAAAAUAAGUGCAAGUCGUUCUCCUGCUGUGAUUUCAACAAUAGAAGCAAGAGUAGAAGAGUACAGCUUUGUCUUACUUAGUUCACACUCCAUUUGCAGCUGACCUGAUUUAGUCUCUGCUGUUGCUGAAGACCUGUGACAAGUUCCUCGUAAAAUGCACAUAUUUCAGAUUUGUAAAUUAUUUAACAUUUUAAGCUGUGAAUAAAUGUAUGCAAGUAACUUAUAUCACUGGCUGUAUUAAAUACCGGUUGCCUAUUGACUUCUUUCAAGUGUGAGUUGCAUGCUCACUGUUUUUAGUAAAACUUGAGUACUGUACUUAUGAAUGUAGUGAACAACUUGCAUUACCUUUUUUUUUUUUUUUUUUUACAAUGGAAGAUUGAGAUCUUAACGUAGAAGUAUUUUAAUAACUGUUACUAAACUGUGUUCUAUUGCUAAGAUUGACAGGACUUACCUUUGUGGUAAGCAAAUACAUCAGAGUUUAAUAGACAUUUGCAGUAAAUGGCAUAGAAGAAUGUGAACUGGAAGCAGGAUUAUUUUGCAUAGAAAACUUUUUAUAUGUCAUAUAUUUGCAUUUGUAAUGUACAGCAUUGUAGCUGUGAUUUGCUUUCAAAAAGCAGUUUGAAGUUUUAAGUAAUACUGCUGCUUCUUGAUAUUCUGUGGUGCUCAUUUUCUGGAAGAGCACUGUGCUAACUUUGUUUUCUGGUUCUUUUUGUUU